GUUCCAAGAGUCCUCUGCACGAUAACAGGGAGGAGUUACAUCACGAUGACGCAUUGACGUUUUGUGCGUGACGAACCAGGAAAUAAAAGUAAACAACGCAUAGGAAGACGAAAGCGUUAUGUAGCGUCAGUCAUCCAUUCUCAAUAGGACUCUGUGAGUUUUUUGUAAUUCAUAAUGCGUGAAGGAGUUAUAUCGCGAUAAGGACAGGGACCCAGUUAAAGACAGUCUGGAAACCGGUAAGACACUCGUUGAGUUCAGACGAGUCGGGUGCGGCAGCCGCUAAUGAUAGCUAGCUCGAUGUGGCAAUUUCCUGUAUUAUUUGAAUUUGUUUACAGAUUGAUAUGCCAUCACAACCAUGGCUUAAAAACAUCUCCUUGACGUUAGAUUUAGCUAUGUUAGCCAUCAGGUCGUCGGAGGAGGAGUCCACAGAGAUUGAGGAGAUGGACACCUCAGAGCCCAACUGGUGCUGGUUCUACUUGGCUGAGUGUGGAGUGUGGCAUAUGUUUGAGAUUGAUCCAAGCGCAGCCUGCUCUGUGACUAGUUCUCAGAUUGAGCAGUGCUACAACAGAAACCAACGAGGUGUCAUGGAAUUCUACACAGCCAAGUACACCUACAGACUGGACUUCUCAGUGAUGCGACAGAUAAAUGUAACGACAGGGAAGCAGCGGCCAAUCAAACGCUCCCUCCACUCUGCAACUGGCUUCAGGUUUAUUUGUGAUAAUCUGGCCCUGCCUGUUCCGUGUCAUUGGGAGAGAAUCAAUACAGACGAGCCCUAUCAGCUCAUCCAGCUGGGAAGAGACACCUAUGAAUUUAAAGAAGUCGCCAGACUGUAUGAAAGGACGAUGGAUCAUCCAAUCAAAUCUAUCCAGAGGAUUCAGAACCUGGACUUAUGGGAAUUCUUCUGCAGGAAGAAAACACAGUUACGAAAAGUCAAGCGCACAUUGGAUAUUGAGGAGCGAAUGCUGUUUCAUGGCACGGGACACAGCAACAUACAAGCUAUAUGUACAUUUAACUUUGACUGGCGGCUGACAGGAAGCCAUGGCGAUGUCUAUGGCAAAGGGAGCUACUUUGCCCGGGAUGCCAAAUACUCCAGUAAAUUCUGUCACACCACUGGGAAGCACCACACCACGCUGCAGAGACACGGACUCGCCCCACCGAUAUUUGCAAGCGAGCCAUCCUACAAGACCAUGUUCCUGGCCAGAGUGCUUGUCGGAGAAUAUACAGUCGGUCAUGCUAUGUACUGCAGACCGCCCUCCAAGGAUGCCAGCUUCACCAACUUUUACGAUAGUUGUGUGGACGAUAUGGCCAAUCCAAAGAUUUAUGUCAUUUUUGACAGCAAUCAGAUUUACCCAGAGUAUCUGAUUGAGUUCUACUGAAGCCUAACAAGAAGACUUUUCGUAUAAAUAUUUCGGAUACAUAAUCAAAUGACGGGGUGAAAAUUGGAAAAAGAACCAGCUUAAGGGACAUUUGCCUUUUCGUUCAGAGUCAGAUCCAGUGGCUAACUGGAGCAUGGGUCAUCUAAAGUGCCUUUGGGGGAAAACAACACAAAACAAGAAGAAGACAAUAAAGACUUUGUGUACAGUUUGCAUACUGUACAGUAUAUUCUAAGACGGACCCUUGUUGUCGGAAUGAUCCUGUGACGUAAAAACGAUGAAAAUACUGACUGAAGAUCCGUCUUUGUGGCAACUUUUGUAUUAAAUGCAAAAAUCUG